AUGGAUCAGGGGAUCACUGUUCCAGUUACUUUUAUUCGCUCUUUUAAAUACCGCACGACGUUCUACAUACCUUUGAAAAACAUUCCCCAAUCAGCCACUGUUAGAGAAUUAUUUGAUCGUAUACAUCAUGAGUUGAAAAAUUCUGCUGCGCCAUCACCUUUCAAGAGUUAUUCCUAUGAUGCGCUGAAGGUUCGUCACAAAGCUUUCGCAAUGAAGUCAGGUGAACUGUUGAUCGACGUAGAUGGUGAUCCUAUUUCAGACAAUUCUACAGAGACUAUACAGUCUCUUGGAAUAGUGCAUGAAACCGAAGUGGCGGUCUUCAAAAAGAGUGACUUUUGGGCUCAAAGGAAUGAUCCAGAAUUUCUGUGGUAAACUUCCAUAAACCCCCGGACUGAGUAAAUAUUGCAGAUUAUUUCCUUACAACUGUUUACUUCUUAUAUAAGAAUAUUAGAAAAAUUAUAUAUCCAGUUAUUUGAUUUGUUGGUCUUUAACACUAGUGUUUCUUCUGAUCUUUGUAUAAGCUUGAUUUUAAUCCUGGGAUGUCUUUUAGGGUGUUUAUCAAAGUUCUAUUUAUUGUAUGCACGAUUAUGUACUCAAAAUUCUCAAUGUUUAUUGUGUAUCAGUAACCGUGUAAUCUGGAGUCCAUACCGAUAGCUUCUACCUUGACGUGGUGGUCGGGCUUGCACAUUGCGAUGACCCAACAAGCUACAAUGGCUGGAACCAAUGUUCCUGCAGGUCCUACCAUGCCAGGAAGGUUGUUAUGAUAGCGAUUAGACUAAAAGCAAUUACAGACACAGUGUAAGAAUCGUUCUUACACUAUGCUGGGGGUCUGUGAACGAAGUUGUACUGCUGGGGAACAGAGGCGUAACAGCAGUGCGGUGUUUCCCUCAGAUGACCAGCA